UUCUCACAUAAAGAAAUACAGACUUGAAUAAACAUUAAUUUCGCAUCUUUAUUUGACCUUAGAACCCAAUGACUAUUGCUCAAUAAACUACAUGCUAAGACAAAAUUAUUCUUGCCAUUUUUAUCCAGGAAACAAUAUUAAGUUUGAGUUAAUGUGCAACUCCCAUACCAGCAUUUAUAAUCCGGUAUAUGUAUAUAUUAUAAUUAUCAUUCUAAUAAUAAUAAUCAACUUUCCAAUUAAUAAACUAUUAGCAACACAGGACUUAAAGUAUAAUAAAAUGACCCAAGAGAAGUAAAUGCUUUGUCAUGAGCUAAAAAAAUAAAUAAUUGUAAAAAUUCUAACCCAAAGCUGUACUUAAAUACAAAACCUGAUUUUGGAUGUUGAACCAGGAAAGGAAGAUUGUUAACUCAGCUGGAUAUCAGUCAAAUACCAUAUUUAUUUGUCAAUCUUUUGUGAUAAGAAGUAAAUACAGUGUAUACAUAAAUUAUUAUAAGAAAUAGAUUAAAAGAGAAAAUGCAAUAAAAAUGUCAGAGUAUGAGCAAACAAUGGUACCUAAUAUUUUUUUCUUUUGUGUUCAGAUGUCAUGUUGCAGUGUGAGGUGUGUACACACAAUAUAAAACCUAGGACCUAUACAUAACUAGAGCUGGAGAGUGAGGAAUUAAUCUGGAUCAACACACAAACCAAACACAGAUUAAAGCAGCUCAGACAGCUGCCCAUUGCUCUGUCCUAACUGACUGCAUUUGUAUCCAUACUGGGUCAUUACUCUGGCCUUGUACAGAGCUCAGAUUAGUUGUUGAGCACCCAGGACCGAUCAUUUUCCAACCGAUUGUCCAACAGCUCAGUUUUGUUUAUUGUUGGCUGAUGCUGUUAGGAGGUAAACCUGACCUGUCAGUCUGUUCGACAUUAUAUAAAGUAUGCAUAAAGCACAAUAAAGCCUAUUUUCAUCUUUAUUUUUCAAUUAUUUACAUUGCAUAAUCUGUAACCAUAUUGCAGAAGAAAUGACAUGCGAAUUUUAAGAGCUAUUAAGAAUGGAGUUGGAAACAUAGCUGCAGUAUACAGGUGUCAGAAGCACUUCCCUGAAGUGAAAGAGUUUUUCAUUAACUAUCUUAUUUCAGCAUUACUCAAAGUAAUGGUCAUGGUUGUAGUAAAGAGCAGAACAUCUUUUUAUUAGCUUGUGUGUGCAUACGAAGGAAUGAGGCUUUACAGAAGCCCCAUUAAAAAAUAACUACAAAUAGCUAACCAAAAUGUAAAUCCCUGACUGUUAUUAACUGUGUAAGUACAACCAGAUAUGUUUUUUUUGUACAAAAAGAAGGAUCAGUGAACCAAAAUUAGGGCUCUACCCAGGGGAGCUGUAGCUGUGGACUGCUCUGUUUACCUCUUCUUUUUUUUGAAUAUGUAGAGCCUCUUAAAAUUAGCUCAGUGAUUCCAUGGGUGAAACACGAGAGAUACUGCAGCUUUAUAAACAGCAAUGCCCAGAUGUUGGCAACAGAAGAGAAGACCAACCAUUUUAACUAGACUGUGGGAGCUGACAGAAACAACUAAAAACGUGUCCUUGGGUGAAGGUGAUACCUGAAGUGAACUCUAUAAUGGCAACAGGUGAAAGACAAACCUGUGCAAGUGUGCAAAAGAACAGACACUUUAAGCACCCAGAUCACAUCAAACCUCAGCCAAACUUCACACAAGAGAGCAAGUGGAAAUCAUUUACAAUCAUUUUCUUUGAUUUAAUGAAAGCUUUUGGGUUUAUUUUAUGUUGUGAUGCUUAUGUGUGUUGAUAUACCACUUUUGUCCCAGAGGAUUUUAAUACCAAAGUAAUGGCUGGAGAGAUACUUGAGACACACGAAUCCUGGGAGCCAAGCAUCCGCCACUCACUGCGAAUAGAAAGGUUUUACUUUGUUGGCCACAAGAUCAGCAUCCGUGAAUCUUUUGACUCAUACGGUGCCCUCAUCUGGCCUGGGGCAGUGGCUCUCUCCAGCUACCUGGAAGCAAAUCAUAAGCAUGUCUGUCUGCUUGAUAAGGCAGUGCUGGAGCUAGGAGCAGGAACGGGACUGGUGUCCAUUGUGGCGUGUUUAAUGGGUGCAUGGGUGACAGCCACAGAUCUGCCUGACAUUGUGGAAAACCUGAGCUUCAAUCUCUCACACAACACACGGGGGCGCUGCAGUUACACACCUCAGGUGGCCCAGCUGACCUGGGGGAAAGACCUGGACCUUAAUUUUCCCAGUACUAUCUAUAACUAUGACUACAUACUAUGUGCAGAUGUUGUCUAUCAUCACAACUGUCUGGAUGAGCUGCUACUCACCAUGAAGCACUUCUGCAAACGGGGAACAACGCUGCUCUGGGCCAACAAGAUCCGCCUCUCUUCAGACCUGGAUUUUAUUGAUCGUUUCAAGAAGGCUUUCGAUACCACACUGCUAGUGGAGCUUCCAGAUGAGAUGGUGCGAAUCUACCAGGCCACAGUACUAGAUUGACUAUAGGAGGUCACGGAGCCAAAUGCAGCAACUGAAAUACAAAAAGUAGAUUAAAAGGAAAAGCUUUCUUUACACUUGCAAUUUUAAAAUGUGAAAGUUGAAAAUCAACUGAGAAUCUGUGGCAAGAUAUUCUUGAAAUCAAACAUUAUAUAUCUCAAUUCUAUUACUAAAGAUCCUUGUAAUUAUUAAUGAUAAAUUAAUACUUCUGUGCAUAAGACGGUUUGAAAUUAUAGAAAAUGUUCUGUAUUCUUAAUAAAAAAAAACAAUAAAAAUGCACUGUUGAUAAAACUUUAUGCAAUGGUAAGGAAAUAAUAAUUUUAAAUCAAUAAAUUAAUGUAUAUUUUACCAAUGCUUACAGUUGGAUAUAAUUAUCUUAUUUCCCAAAGAUACAAUAAUCUUGCAAAAAAAAAAAAAAAACCUAAACUGCUUUCAAAAAAUAGGUAUCUUUAGCCACAAAUGUUGGUGAACUCAGGUGGACUUUGGUUUUUAGUAAAGCCUGUAAACAAGAGGCCUUCAAGCUUUGAGUCCCUUUAACAUUACCAAACAAACUUUUGUACUUAAUGACAAAAUAAUGAUAAAUUUGUGAAUAUGGUAUAACACCUAAAUGACAUGGCAACAAAGUGCACACAUGGUUGCCAGUAUGUAUAUACACAUACAUUACAAGACACUUAGG